AUGGUUGCUAACACCACGUUCAUAACAUUGCAGAAGUUACCAAUAAAGUUCACUAAAAAAUAUGGUUCUGACCUAUCAAAUCCAUUGUAUCUUAAGCCUCCAGAUGGUACUGAAUGGAGCAUAGAGUGGAUUAAUCAUGAUGGUGAAAUUUUGUUUAAAAACGGUUGGAAAGAGUUUGUUGCAUAUUACUCUCUUGAUCAUGGCCAUUUGUUACGGUUUGGGUACAAUAUUGGAACAUCUCACAUGGAAGUACACAUAUUUGACAUGAGUUGCCUCCAAAUAGAGUAUCCUGCCAAUGAUCAGAUCAAAGAGCAGCUGCCACGCAGGGGUCAGCAGCCGAUAGGCAGUUGGAAAAUGACACACAAAUCAAGGAUGUGGAAAGAAGCUUUAAUUCUCACUAUGAAAUUUAACUGGGAAAAGCCCUCAUUCAUCAUCAAGAUAACGCAACGGUCUCAAACGAGAGCACCAUGUUACUUUUCAACUAAAUUCUUCAGAAAGUAUUUUAUAAAUAAUCCACAAAAUGCAAAUAUAAGGUUUGGAAAGAAGUUGUUCCCUGUCAAGUUGAUCUAUAGGCCAUCAUCAUGUGUUGCCUUUAUCUCUGCUGGUUGGAACCUUUUUGCUCGAGCUAGUAAAUUACAAGCCGGAGAUAUUUGUUUGUUUAAGCUCAUCAAUAAAAAAGAUCCGAUGCUUGAUGUUCAUAUUUGUCGUCGACAACGCCGCGAGUCACUUAAACCAGUGACUCAUGGGAUUCAACUCUUCAAAGAAGUUAAGGAGCUCAACUCACAGAAUCCCUCUUUCAUGGUCAAGAUAAGAGACAGUAAUCCAAGGAGAUCAAGGCCUAACUUAUCAGCUAUCUUCUACAGAAAGUAUUUUAAAAAGAAUCAGCAGGAUGUAAAGUUACAGUUUGGAAAGGAAUCGUGGCCUGCUACGAUAAUCUACAAUCCGACAUCGAAAAAUAGCUUUAUUUCGGUUGGUUGGAGUUCUUUUGCCAGAGCAAGUAAAUUAGAAGCUGGAGAUGUUUGUGUUUUUGAACUCAUCAAUAAAAAAGAUCUAUUUGAUGUUCAUAUUUGUAGAACCCAAUACUAGGCUAAUAUAUUAUAACUUCAGGAACUAAGAGCUCAUAAUUCUUAAAUCAGGUUAAUUUCGUGAAGAAUGUAUCACCUUUUUUUUUCUUUUCUGCUGAAUCAAACUUCUAUUGUAUCCAAUCCUUUUUGGUUUGGACCAGUUAUAUAUAUGUAUGAACUAAGUGUUUUAAUUUUAUUUCUUGUUUUGUCA